UAACUAAUUUAAUCUAAAUUACCAGAAAGGAAACCUUAAAAAGUCUAUUUCACAUACUUUUCCUUUGUGUGAUGGAAUAGAAGAACAUUUUAUUAAUCAGCUGAUCGUGAAAAAAAAUCGAAUAUUUGAUAGCCUUUGUGUAGACAAGACUGUCCUUGUGACGUGGCCAUAUUGGAAACUAACUUUAUUUCUCUCCUAAAUUCCUAAAAAAAAAAUGAUUUUGAAAGGAAUUAACACGGAAUCUAUCUAUUCCACGAACAUGGCUGAAGAAAUAAAGAAACCUGAGACGGUCAAAACAGAAACACCAAAACCAGCGAAAGGAAAUCCUCCAGAUCCAUCAAAAAAGAUUUUGUUGAAAGAACACGAAAAAAGACUUGACCCGAAUGCGCCAGACACUUACAAUGAAAUAGACGAUAUCGAAAUGGACGACAUUGAUGAGGAGAGUCUUCCAAAAAUUCCACAAAGUGUAAUUGAUGAGGCAUUGAAGAAACAUACGAAACCGUCAUGACUGCGGCAUUUAAGUUCCAGGAAAAUACUCCGGUGCUAAACGACAUUUUCAUAGAUGGACAUAUUUUCAUAGAUGGACAUAUUAUAUUUUUUUUUAUUGACAUAAUGAUACAAAACUCUUAGUAGAUCUGUUGUAGCAAUUGAUGUUCUUAAACAUUUGAUAAUGUAAUCUUUUUCACAUAGCUUAGAAGCUAUUUUUUGUUUUAUUUCAUGUUAAUAAAAUUAAUUAAAAAUAUA